GUGCGGUGGACUCAUCUCAAUCCAACAGCUGCGUCUCCAUUUCACACCCCAAUUCGACCUCAAGCAAGAUGUACGGACGCCAUUUUUAUCCUUUUUCCUGAGUAGAGUUUGUCGUUGGACUGAUUCUGAUUGGCGGAUUGAAUUUUCAGAUUUGUUUGUGUGAAAAUAAGUAUGAGCAAAGUCCCCGUGGCUGUAAUUCGAUGACCAAAUAGAGAUAUGGGAGGCUGUUGUUGUUGUGCAAGUGCUUCUAGGAGCAAUCAACUCCAUCGAUCGCCGCCAUUCCUUCAUUUGCAGAAUUAUCCAGCAUCCGAAGAGCGCGAGCCCUUAUCAGCACAUCAUGCGAGAACAUCGACUAUUUCUACAGGAUUUUUGGUAGACACAAAUCUGGACACAUCUUCCCCGGACACUUAUAGGCCGCCUCCAGCUCCAAUACCUUACGACCGAUGCUUAGGACACCAGCCUACGGCGUCAGGGCAACAUCGAGCAAACAAGAGUGGCGAGGUUUUGCAACCAAACGAUGAUCCAGCUGAUAAACAAGACGAGGGUGACGCGAAGAGCAAAUUGAAUUGUGAACUGCAAGAAUCGGACAACCUUAAAGAAUCUACGGAGCCUGUGGCUCUACAAGACGAGGAGGACACCUGCCCGACUUGUUUCGAAGAGUACGAUGAAGAUAACCCAAAGAUGGUGACCAAAUGCGAUCACCAUUUUCACUUGGCCUGCAUUCUUGAAUGGAUGGAAAGGAGCGAUACCUGCCCCGUGUGUGAUCAGGAAAUGGUGUUCAGUCCAGCUGCAGGAGGAUAAACUAUAGCUAUUCAAAAACCUUAAUUUCACAAACCAAUUAAUCUUCCUGGAUUGUUUUUUUUUUGUUAUAAUUUAUUAAGUUUUAGUUUGUGAAGUAUGGAAGAUUCAUCCAAACACGUAUUUUUCUGCUGCUGGUGCUGGCCUAAAAAGAGAUCGAAAAAGUUUCUCACUUGA